AUGCUGCCAAGCAUCCUCAUCAACCCAGUUAACGGCGUAUUGGUCGGCAAGGAGGAGGCAGGAACCGUAACCAUCGUCGAUAUCAUCCCGCUUCUACACCACUGGACAAGUCUAAGCCCUAUGAUGGAGAUUGGCCUAGGAUUUGGACCUGCAGAAUCCAUGCAUAUGAAGCUGGUUGGGUACUACCAAGCAUCUGAACGGAUAGAUGAUACCGCGUUGGCCCCAGUCGGUGGAAAGAUUGCUUCAAAGGUGAAGGAAGGAUUCGGCGCGGCUGUUGCCUUCGUGAUUGACGGCAACAAGCUGGGCACAGGCGAUGCUGCCCUCGUCCCUUACGUCUCCCAAGGAUCGUCUUGGCGGUGUAACACUACAACGCCUGCGGAUUUUGCGCCCGGUUCUGUAUUUCAGCUAGCUUCAGCCGAUUUACCUGCUCGAGCGGUCAAACUCGUCCAGGAAAAGCGCUUGCAUCAGAAGUUUGGCGAUUUCGAUGACCAUCUUGAGGAUGUGACCAUAGAUUGGCUGAAAAACAAGGAUUGCCUACCUCCCGAUGUUUUGUAGGCAGUAUCAAGCUCGUCCUGCUGUUGUAUCAUAUUCAUGGGGGCCCUGAUUGUGACAAUGGAUAUGGUGGCGCUGGAUGGCUUCCUCUGGUCCAGGUCAGCUACCCGUGCUUUGCCCACGAGUCGCUCUCCCCAGUCCCUUUCUCAUCUUCAAAGUACUCCCGAUGCGACAAGAUCACCUUUUUCUUGUGUCUGUCCCCAUGGUGCUAUUGUCUACUUUCUGUGUAAAUCCUCCGUCCUUGAAAUCAGCAUAUAUCACUACUGUUCCUGAGCUUCGCAGAUACCGCAGCAGUUAAGCACCCUCCCAAGAAACGGACGCCUCCGGCCAUUGCAAUGGUCAGGUGAAAUUUCGCGUAUGCCAUUGC